AUGACCAACUCGUUUAUCAUACGAGUUCCAGCAACCUCGGCCAACAUUGGUCCUGGUUUCGAUGUUGUCGGCUUGUCACUUUCACUCUAUCUCACUCUCACUGUCACCAUCGGGGAGACCUCUACCUUACCAGUGAUCACAUAUUCGGACCCCUACCGCAACCUCAUGACUCGUGUAGCACUCUACGUGCUACGUUGUAAUGGCCAUAGAACAUUCCCUCCCGACCUUAGUAUUCACUGCCACAACCAAAUACCUUUUGGACGCGGACUUGGCUCGUCCGGUGCAGCGGUCAUUGCAGGCGUUCUCCUCGGAGACAGUCUCGGAAAACUCAACCUUUCCCGAGAGCGAAUGUUAGACUACGCGCUCAUGGUCGAGCGCCACCCCGACAACGUGACAGCUGCGCUUGUUGGAGGAUUUGUGGGAUCAUACCUUAGAGAGCUAGACCCACAAGCUACUGAAGCAGCACAAGUACCCCUCUCUGAAGUCUUGCCGGAAUACCCGCCUGAUGCUGGAGAAGACUGGGGUCUUUCCCCACCUGUUCCAACCGUUGGGUAUCGGCCACUACGUCCGAUUUAA